UAUUAGAAUAAAGGGUUACUAUUUAUGAGGAACAAUUUCUUCUCUCAAAAGUACAAGAAUAUUUGUAAUUUCUUAUUACAGAGAGCAUUGGAAGCUGAAUCUCUGAAAAUAGUCAAGACUGAGAUCAACAGAAAUUGGUCUAAAGGUCCCUAAAGAGUGUGAGCAGUCCACAGAUGAGGGCUCUGCGAUGCCGAAGCGUGAAAUGGAGUUGGUUUUGGUGAGUCCUGAGGAUGUUGAUGAUAAUGAUAUCCCUGCCAGUCGGGCUAAGCUCCACGAUUCCUGUCUGAACAUGCUGUGGAAAUGGAGAAACUUGCUGGACUGUGACGUCCCCACUGACAAGCUACUGAGUCAAGUGACCUGGCAGCAUCAACAGGAGAUGGACGAGUUGUUGGCGCAGGAGGGUAGUCAGAAAAUAAUCAUCAAUGUGGCUGGCUUGAGGUUUGAGACUCACGUGAAAACUCUAGCAGAGUUUCCGGACACACUGCUGGGAAACCCUGCACGAUGCAUGCCCUACUUUGAUCCCCUCACAAAUCAAUAUUUUUUUGACAGAAACCGACCAAGUUUUGAUGCAAUUCUCUAUUACUACCAGUCAGGGGGAAGGAUGCGAAGACCUGCCAACGUGCCCCUCGAUGUCUUUACGGAUGAAAUUAUCUUCUACCAGCUGGGUUCCGAAGCUAUGGAACAGUUCAGAGAGCAAGAGGGCUUCAUUAAGGAAAUGGAGGUUCAGCUGCCCGUACACCCAAUCUUCAGGCAGCUCUGGCUGCUGUUUGAGUAUCCUGAGAGUUCUGGUGCAGCCAGGGGUGUAGCCGUGGUCUCGGUCGUUGUCAUUGUCAUCUCCAUUGUCAUCUUUUGCCUGGAAACACUGCCGGAAUUCCGGGAAGACGUGGAACUGGGCACGUUUAGUGGUUCGGCUCACCACGACCAAAGCUCUGGUCCUGCUCCCAGUUUCUUCACUGACCCCUUCUUUCUCAUUGAGACAGCAUGCAUGCUCUGGUUUUUCUUUGAGUUGCUGGUCAGGGCUGUAGCUUGUCCCAGUAAAUCUGACUUUUUCAGGGACAUGAUGAAUAUAAUCGAUGUGGUUUCCAUCAUUCCGUACUUUGUGACACUUGUUACUGAGCUGAUCAAGCAGCAACAACCCCAGCAGACAGGCAAUGGUCAGACUCAAGGGCAGCACACCAUGUCCCUGGCCAUCCUGCGGAUCAUCCGGCUGGUCAGGGUCUUCAGAAUAUUCAAGCUCUCCAGACACUCCAAGGGACUGCAGAUCCUCGGGCAGACUCUGAAGGCCAGCAUGAGGGAAUUGGGGCUCCUCAUCUUCUUCCUUUUCAUUGGAGUCAUCCUCUUCUCUAGUGCCGUCUACUUUAUUGAGGUGGAUGAGCCUCAAACCCAUUUUUCCAGCAUCCCUGACGCGUUCUGGUGGGCUGUUGUUACAAUGACAACAGUAGGAUAUGGAGAUAUGUGUCCUGUCACCAUUGGCGGCAAGAUGGUAGGGACACUGUGUGCCAUCGCGGGAGUAUUGACCAUCGCCCUACCUGUGCCUGUUAUUGUCUCUAACUUUAACUACUUCUACCACCGAGAGACGGAGAACGAGGAGAAGCAGAACAUCUCAACAUCAAUUGACUGCAAGGAGCUGAUUACGGCAGGAUCCGUCCCGCGGGACUGCAUCGCUUCCAUAAAUAAAACCAAAGCAUUCUGAACCAUCAAGAACAGCUGAUAG